ACUGGGAGCUGCAGUUUCCGUCGUCUGGAUCGCUGUUUUUUUAAUCCGGACUGUUUUUUGGGGUGGUGGCUGUGCGCUUUCCAAUCUCAAACCACUCCUAAGUUAUUGUCGAGGUGUUAUUUCAGAGCCAAGACUUACUAGACUUUAGUUUUUAAACGCCUCGUGAAGUAAGCUAGUUUCCAGACUAGCGAAGGACAACUGCGUCCGACUUCUGCCAAGAGUUUCUUUUUUUGAGGGAAAAUAAGUUCGCACAAAGAGCCUUAAAAACCUGCGCCCCUUCGGCAACUCUCCACCAAGUUUCCGGCUAACACGGACCGAUGCAGGCCAUAAAGUGUGUGGUUGUGGGAGACGGGGCUGUGGGAAAAACAUGUCUACUCAUCAGCUACACUACCAAUGCCUUUCCUGGAGAAUACAUCCCCACUGUGUUCGAUAACUACUCCGCCAAUGUGAUGGUGGACGGCAAACCUGUCAACCUGGGAUUGUGGGAUACUGCUGGCCAGGAAGACUAUGACAGACUCCGCCCCCUCUCCUACCCCCAGACGGAUGUGUUCCUGAUCUGCUUUUCUCUCGUGAGCCCCGCAUCCUUUGAAAAUGUGCGAGCCAAGUGGUACCCCGAAGUCAGACAUCACUGCCCCAACACUCCCAUAAUUCUCGUGGGCACCAAGCUCGACCUGAGGGACGACAAGGACACUAUUGAGAAACUGAAGGAGAAGAAGUUGACCCCCAUCACGUACCCACAGGGCCUGGCGAUGGCCAAGGAGAUAGGUGCAGUGAAAUACCUGGAGUGCUCAGCGCUGACGCAGAGGGGACUGAAGACGGUGUUUGAUGAGGCCAUUCGUGCCGUGCUUUGUCCCCCCCCCAUCAAGAAGAGGAAGAGGAAAUGCUUGUUACUCUAAGGCCCCGUGAAUACAUACCUGCACUUGCAGGAUGGGGACAGACAGACAGGCCAUGUUCGCUUAUUGUAACUAGUACUACUCGGUACUUACAAUAAAUAGAUUUUACCACACGCAUAAAAUCUUAGCUAGACUGUACUGUUAGCUCUAGGAAUGGAUAUGAUGAAAGACCUGCCCUCUUUUUCUUUAAACUUCACUAAAGACUACAGAAAUUCCAGCGGCCUUCUAAAAACUACACUAACUUGUAAACUUCUAGACUGUAAACUGAAUGUUCUUUAACCUCAUUUUUAUUUCCUGUAAGAGGAUAUAUAUUGUUUAAACACUUCAGUUGUUGAGUCAAGGUGUUGCCAAAAUCCAGAAUCAAGAUCAAGCUAUAAUUCUAAGCAGAUAUAGUCUGUAUUUCCUCUUCCCCGAUUUCUUUGUUUACAUUUCUGUGAAGUCGAAGUAAUAGCCUGUGAUUUUGAAGGCAAUGGUUUCCUGGGGAAAAAUGAAACUACAACCAAAUUGAUUGUGUAGAACUUGCUGUGACAUUUGCUUUUAAAUUGGUACCACAAAAUACUAAAGACUCCCUUUGUCACAGAACAUACGGUGAAGACAAUAUGAAUAGAAAUGCAAUCUGUACUUGGGAACGGAUUUCAUUUAUGUACCAUAAUUGUGUCCAUUAUACCUGAAUGAUCGGAGUUGGUUUCUAGGGAAAUGGCAUGUUCUAGCAGUGUUUUACAAAGAGCUUCCCCAUAUGUCAUGGGGUAACUGUGAGAAGAAAUGGCAGACAUGCAUAUACUUAAGAUGCACCAGCUCUCUCAUACACCAAACUCCAGCCACCUAGUCCCAGGAUGUGUUAUUUACCUUUUUUCCAUAUUCGGGACUGAAAGUCUUGGAUAAUUACAGUAACUGUUCAGUAGUCCAGUAACUUUCAAAUUUUUUUAUCAACAUUUUCCAAAUGUGAUGCGUGAUUUAGGGUAACUUCAAUUGUUUGUAUACCAACCUUUCAGAAAUGGUAACGCUAACCACUGCAAUGUCGCUCCCAGGGUUGGGUCAGUAUCUACACAACACUCAUGGUCUGUUUUACCAUGGCUGUUUUGAUCAUAUUUUUAAUCAACGAAGUUAUACAUCACUGUAUUUUAACUAACAUUAUGAAUAUUCCUCAUUACCUCUUAAUGCAAAUAACUUUACUUAAAGCUGUAUAGCUUUUAAAAACUGCUAAAAUUACAGUAUGCAAUGUACUUCACUUACUGACUGGUAGAAUUUAGUAAAUCUGAAAUGUUUAUCUUCCGUUAAACACUUGGUUGGCACAGCCUGACGUGCGAAAGUAAUUUGUUUGCGCUCAGGCAUUCAGCUGUCUGUGUUCAGGAAAAAUACAGAUGCUUUUCGUAUGACCUUGGCUUUCUGGGUAAAUUUGUUUCUUUUUUCACUUUUUUUUUUUGCUGAAUUAAAGAGUAAGCCAAUAAAUUUGAAUAAAACAAGA